AUGCGGGCAACAACUCCACAGAGCUGUGCAGGGAUUCUCCAUCUGGCGAGUCUCAAGGCAACCAACGGGAAGCAGGAAUCGGCAUCAUUAGACAAGGGUUGGGCCAAUGAGGACGAGCAGUCAUUUUCUAUCCCCUGCCGCCACACCGCUCUUUCCAGGGGGUUCGACCAGGGCUCGACCAGGGUUACAGCCAGGAAAGACACAGGACCUGAAAGUGAUGCUCUGGUUGUGGCCACGGCACGAGCGUACAGGUACUUCGUACUGUAUGAAGCAGAUAAGGUACAGGCACAACCGAAGCCGCGCAACGUCAAUUUCGAUGAGCCGUGGCCCGAGUGCAGAAUCCGAACUUCGACCAGAGAUGCCGGACGCAAGCAACAGCCACGAGACGGAGCGGCCAACCGAGCCGGAAACAGCGGGCGAUCUAGGACUCUGGGGAUGACCCUCUGGAUGGUCAGCUUUCUUGUGCCGCAGUACUAA